AUGACCGAUUUUCCAGAGCCAGCUGAGAAAGUUAGCAUCACUGGCAACCCCACGUUCAGCAAUGGUGCUUUCCUCAUCACUCGCAGAGAGCCAGUCCUGGAAUUUAUCGGAUUCAAGCAACCAUUUUCCAGUAUCGCCAUGGUGCUUCGAGAAAAGGCUGCGCUGCUUGUCACAAAAAUCCAGACUCGAAAGCCAUUUGAUAAGGUUUUCCCGCUCAACGGUUACUUCGUGUGCUGGAAACUUCGAUUAGCUUAG